AUACAUUAAGUUUUCAUCCGUGUCCGUGGGAUAUGGCGAUCGGAUGAAGGUUGAAAAGAAAUUGCGAGAAAGAUUUCCUACCACCGUAUUUACGCGAUCGUUGUGUGCCUGUGUGCGUAGUUUUUUGUGUGCGAGUGCGUAAUUCUAUUGGGUGGUGUUGCAAAGUAGGCGACGCGAUGUGAAAGCUGUUUCGCGGUACCGAACCGAAUCUACGCAAAGCAGGAAGAAAAUUAGAAAUAUAGUUGUUCCGUGCUUGUCCUGCAAAAUAGGUGUAAAUGAAGAAAUUCUUAUUCAUUGUAUUAUUGCUGAAAAUAGCAGCCCCGUGUGUUUGUAGUUAAAUUUAUAAAUUAAAAUAGUGCGUGUGUGUGGGUAUGUGUGCGUGAUUUGCAUCGUGUUUGUUUUUAUGUGGUGUAUUGUGUGUAAUAAGAAAACAGAAAAUUUGUUGAAAAAUUCGAUAAACAUAAACGUGAAGAGGAGGAGCACUGUUUGGAAAUCUGGCGUGCUUUGGGGUAUCGAAACCAAGUUGAUUGAGCGUUAACACAUCCCAACCAGUGCUGAGUUUGCUGCCGUUGUUGCUUAAAACACGCAUCAAAAGUUACAACACUACUGUGCUACAUACGAGUAGUACACCCACAGCUGCUGUAUAACAGUUUGUCACCCUUUAAUGUGUCAGUCCGUGCAUCCAUUAGCUGCUAGUGCUAGGAUCAACAACAUCGUUCCAUCGUCAUCAACCUGCAUCAGGACAUUUGCGUGCGUUCUUACGUUCUUUCCACUGCUUCCCUUCGGCAUGUUGUUGUAGUUCCAGUUCCGUGACCCACGUAUACAGUUCUGAGCUUCAUCGUGUUUUAAAGGAAAAAGCACAAACAAAAUCAAACAGAUGAAUUAGUUUCUAGUUUUUGGUUAACAUUUUUUCAGUUAAAAUCGAUCAUGUUCUGUUGUUAAGUUCUUUUUGCAAAAAAAAAAAUAUUCAGUUGAAUGAUUUUGGUUUCCGUGUUUUAAUUUUGUGUUUAUAACCGCACCAUUAGGAAGAUUGUGUUCGAUACAUAAUUGUAUGCAUAAAAAUUCAAAGAACUUUAGCCUAAUUGAACUAAACAAAGUUCGAACAAUUGUAUCGCCCUCGGCAAACGUGUACUAAAAAAACCCGUUUGUAUAAGUGUAUUGUGUAAAGUGUUGUUAAACGUGUGAGUGUUUGUGUUAGUAUUAUUUAUUACAACGCCAGAACCGCCCUGGUAUCCCGGUACUAGCACCUUCCUCCGGGGCUUUAAGUUGCAGUUGGUAAAGCAGAAAGGAAAGCAAAAUUUCGUCAAAAUGAGGAAAACCGACACACAAAUGAACGUAGCUGGUAUACGUCGCAACAUCAAGAAUAUCGCCCACAACUAUUCCGAUGCGCAGGUAAAGGUACGGGAGGCUACCUCGAACGAUCCAUGGGGCCCAUCGUCCACGAUCAUGGCGGAGAUCGCCGACCUCACGUACAACGUGGUGGCAUUUUCCGAAAUCAUGCAGAUGAUCUGGAAGCGCAUGAAUGAUCAUGGCAAAAACUGGCGACAUGUGUACAAGGCGUUGCUGCUGUUGGAGUACCUCAUCAAAACUGGUACGGAGAAGGUGGCGCAACAGUGUAAGGAAAAUAUCUACGCCAUCCAGACACUGAAGGAAUUCCAGUACAUGGAAGAGGGCAAGGAUCAAGGCAUGCAUGUACGGGAGAAGGCGAAACAGCUUGUUUCGCUGCUGAAGGAUGACGAGCGGCUUAAGAAUGAGCGGGCUCGCGCGUUGAAGGCAAAGGAACGCUUCGCCCGAACGGCCAGUGGAUUCGGUAGCGAUGGUUCGAUCGAUGGUCCAACACAGCGUGACCCAAGGCCACCGAACUGGGGCGAAGGUGAACCAAUUGCGGGUGCAGCGACGAGUGGUGUUGGGAAACCGGUAUCAGAGAUUGAGUUCGUACGGCCACAAACUGUCGGCGAGGAAGAAUUACAGCUCCAGCUGGCAAUGGCCAUGUCUCGGGAAGAGGCCGAGCAGGAGGAGCAAAAGCGUCGCAGUGAUGACGUUCGGUUGCAAUUGGCACUCAGUCAAAGUGAACAGGACUUCAAAAAGGACAAUGACCCUAAAGCGCAGCAUGAAAGUGGUAGUGCGCUGGUUGAUUUGUUGGACAUUUCUUUCGGAGCUGCCGCGAUUAGCAGUCCGUCGCAACAACCGCAUGCCGGAACCUCGGGUAGCGGUGCACCGAUAGAUCCAUGGGGAAUGCCCGUGGCAGGUGGAUCACGACCGACGACAUCAGAUCCAUGGUCUAGAACCUCAUCCCCACCAGCAGUAGUGGAUCCGUGGCUAAAUACAGCAUCGGCUUUACCUUCGGCAGGACCAUCCACUUCGAAACCACCGUUGCUGGGAGCAGAAACAUGGCAACCACGCACCCAAUCGCCCUCGGUAACAUCCGGUUCGUCGGUCGAGGGAUGGCUGCAAAAUGGUGGAGCUGCCGGUGCCGGUGCAGGAUCCAUGAUGAUGAAUGGUGCCGGGGCUACGAACGGAAACCUCGAUCCUUGGUACAGCAAAACGAAUGCUGUUCCCCUUGGAUCUACUGCGCCUCCUCAGGCUGGUGAUCCUUGGCAGGCAAAUAAACGAUCAACGCCUGUGCCUACCGGUACUACCGGCGGUGAUCCAUGGCAGUCAAAUGCAACCGCUGCUAAACUUGAUCCAUGGGCUCCGGUCGGUAGUAAUUCUGCCACUGGAAGCGUUGGUGAUCUUGAAGCUACGUUCGGUAGUGGCAAUGGACCUCUCAUGAAUCGACCUUCACCCGUCGGUGCGAUCACUUCGCCGGUAUCUGAUCUAGAUGAGUUUGACAUAAUUACCAAGAGAGCAGCCAGCAACCACAGUAGCAGCAGUACCAACAACAAUAAUAACCAUAAUGCCGCCAGCAACAAUCUGAAUAAUAACAGUUCACUGCUUUUGGGUGACCUGGAUCCAUUGUCAUCCUCCGGAACGAACUCCAGCUCGCCUAGUAUGGGUGCGACGACGGCCGCAAAGAAGACACCCCAAUCGUUCCUCGGCGAAAACUCGGCACUCGUAAAUUUGGACAAUCUAAUCAAACCGAUGCCGAGUGGUGGCGGGGUGGCCACAGCAACCACAACGUCCGCAGCAUACAAUCCGUUCGGAGAUACCGGUGGUGCCGGUGCACCCGUACAAAAGAACCUAUUCCAACAGAAUCAACCUCAGGUUCCGUCCAUCAAUCAGUUGAAACAGUCCCCGUUUCCAGUAACGCUUAAUCAGGAUCCUUGGGCACCGGUUGCAAACAUGACCACAGCGCAACAACCUGUUGAUGAGGACGAAACAGAGUGCUUUCCAUACGCAACGGUUGACGUGAACGCAAACAGUGAUAUUUCGCCCACUGUCGCUUACGCACGGGUGGCCAACGGCUAUCAACAGCAGCAACACCAGGAAUGGCCGAUUGCAACAUCUCAUACAAUCCCCCCACCAACAAGCGCCUACAUGGAACACAUUGACUGUCGCCUAAACGAUACUGGUGUCACAAAAGAAGAUGAUAUUUUUAACACCAACUACGCAAUGCUUCCUUCUGCGACGGCAACCGGUAACAUCGAAAGGCAUCUAACUGCGGCACAGCUGGAUAGUACACGUCCGUUGCGUCAGCUGUAUGAUUUUCACUUCGCGGUCGAUGAAGAGGCCCUCGACGUUGUUAACUCUGGGAUGUUGUCGGGUGGAGGCGCCGCUUUUAAUACUACUGAUGCAUUACAUCAUAACGACAACCGACCGAAUGCUAAUACAAGCUUUACAGAUACAUGUCACGCUAACAACAGCAACUAUCAAGCCAAUUUAAACAAUAAUAACAGUGCACCCUGGAUGAAUCCUCAAUCAUCGAAUCCAUUCCUUUCGUAACAAGCCACACCGAUAAAAGAUGCAGCCCGCGUCCGAUGCAGCACAUAUCCUUUUUCACAUUCGCAUUCGAGAAAGAUGUGCUCUGAGAGCGAUCGGUGGAGGGAAGGAAAGUUUCACGAAUUGAGCUAUUAGUACGUGUAAAUGAAAGCAAAAGUGCAAACAGAAAAACACGAUGGGUUUAAAAGGGAAGAGGUAAGACCGGGCACACGGACACGUGUUGUAAAGGAUACAAACUAACCAAACCAUUGUUUUAAAACGGGAAACACAAGCGGCAAAUAAAUGAAACAGCAAGGCACAGCAAUACCACUAAAGCGAACAACCAAACAAUACACAGGCAAUGAUGUAAACAAGAACAGUAUACAUUGUUAGCUUUCCCACAUAUAUACACCGUUUCGAAAAUCAAUUACAUGUAAGCGAUAGAGGAACGAAAUAUCCUGGAGAAGGCCUGCUUCCGUUGCUGAUGAAGGCGAACAACUUUUGAGUCAUUUACAUACACAUAUAUAAGAUAGCUGUGCAACAGAGAUAAGAUUACCGAUCACAACAUUUUGAAUGGGUUAGAAACAGGAAAUAGCAAUUAACCAGCAACUUGAACUUUAUACGUAAAGUACGUUUGCUUGAUCAUCACACUACUUAACACAACGCAAUGAUUUAGUACCCGGAAUCGGAACAAAUUCUACCAGUCGUCAAUGGUUUCCACUGACCGUGAUUUCAGCCAACUCAAGUUCCAUGGUUGCAGCGGAUGGCGUGGAUAUUGUGUUGAGCAACGAUUAGCAAAUUUGUGGUCGCCAGGAGUUAGAGUACGCUGGGGUGGGUAAUCGAAUUCUGCGAACGGUAGAAUGAGUAUAAGCAAAUUAAUGGAAAAAUGCCUUAUUAUAGUUCAGAAACGUUGAACUGGAGAGAGAGACUACGUUAGUACGCUCUAAAAAUUACACUACUACUAAAUGAUAAUGAGGAAAACAAUGAUACCACACAACACUGGUUCGAGAAGAGGGACAGAAGGUGUGAAUUGGCAUCUGCUUAUUUGUAUGUUUUGUUGUGUUUAAAAGUUCUGAAACGGAAGGACAAACUCGACGUAAAAAGAGCUAGCCUUCCGAAAGGGAUUUUUUUCAUAGAACCAUGCUUAAAGUUCUGUCAAAACACUAACAUUUGUGACGGGUUUUAACAAGUUACUAGCUUGAAGUAACUCUUCCUCAAGAGCAGUAACUCCUAUGUUUUUUUUUGUUGCCUAAAGUUGAUUAUAUGUAAUUCACUGUUUGUUUGUUUGACCCCGGGAAGUAUGAGUGUACACAUUUUAAUUUAUUUAACUUGCUUCCCUGGAAUAUCGGGCGAACUGUGUGGUGGGUAAAACAUGCCUCCUUUUUUGUUGCACUUUUGUGCACCUUCUUGUUCAUCAACUAUGUUCUUUAAGCAUUCAUCUUACCACCGUAUGCUGAUGAAGAUGACACUGCUACAUUUGCUGCUUUGUUCCUUCCGUUUCUCUAUUCUGUAACGUAUUAUUUAUCGUAAGAUAGCGGAAAGAUCGGUUCAUUAUCAGUUGGGUUUACAUUUUAACUGGAGAAAGCCAUGUCGCGGUAUUUAUUGUGACACUACAGCCGUGUCCAAACUGCCACCAGGGCAAUGAGAUACAACUUUUUUUUAGAGUAGAAUUGAAAAUCCAACGAAAAACACGCAAGUUGUUGAUGGAAUUAGUGUGGCUAGCGAAGGGACACGAUGAUUUAUGUGUGAAGAGAGAAAAAGAGGUUCAGCUUUCUAAGAACGAUACAAAACAUUGUUUGUAAAGGAUAACGACAGGUAACUGAUACUAAAAGCAAAAAUCAUCAAAAAAAAAAAAUUAUAUAUACAUGAGCAACUGAAAUUAUAUAUAUUUUUUAAACUCUGAAUAAAUCAUUAAUUUUCAAA